AUGCUGUCCAAGCUCGUCCUGGCGCUGGCUGCUGUCCACGGCGCAGCAGCCCACUUUGGCCUGAAAUACCCGCCGUGGCGAGCAAACACGCUCGCCGCCGAGAACGAAGCCAAAUACAGCCAAUGGAGCUAUCCAUGCGCCGGCGUCGACUACAAGGCAGGCAACGUGACAGACUGGCCCGUCGGGGGAGGAUCCCUCGCCCUCGAUCUGCACCACCCCUGGACCUACGUCUUUGUCAACCUGGGGCUGGGCGAGAACGCGACCAACUUCAACGUCUCGCUCACCCCUCAGUUCUGGAACGUCACCGGCAAGGGAACCCUGUGCGUCGACAAACUCCCCGUGCCCGUCGACGUGCAGGACGGCGCGCUGGCGUCGCUGCAGGUCGUCACGUCGGGGGCGAGCGGCUCCGCCCUGUACAACUGCGCCGAUAUUCGGUUCAAGAAGGACGCCAAGGCCCCGGGCAACUGCACCACCUCCGGGGGAAUCACUGUGCAGAACGUGACGGCGCAGAAGAGCGGCGACGGCACCUCCGCCGGCAACUCUUCGGGAAAUGGCACUUCUGACGGCAAGCAGAGUGCUGGUGUUUUGACGGGAGCCAACGUCAUGGCUUUGGUGACGGCGGUUGCCUUGGCUUCUGGGUUUGCAAUCGGACUGUGA